AUGGGAAAAAAGGUUAAAAUCGGAAAACAGCGCCGUGAUAAGUAUUACAAGCUUGCCAAAGAAGCUGGAUACCGAUCACGUGCUGCCUUCAAAUUAGUUCAAUUAAACAAACGAUUUGAAUUUCUUCAAAAAUCUCGCGCAACAGUCGAUCUUUGCGCAGCGCCAGGAGGAUGGAUGCAAGUCGCAGCACAAAAUAUGCCCGUAUCGAGCUUGAUUAUUGGAGUUGAUUUGGCACCUAUCAAACCGAUCAAAAAUUGCAUUGCUUUACAAGGUGAUAUUACUACGGACGAAACAAGAUCUGCAAUAAAGAAAGAGCUGAAAACAUGGAGUGCUGAUUGCGUUCUUCACGACGGUGCUCCAAAUGUUGGUUUAAAUUGGGUUCAUGAUGCUUUCCAACAGAAUUGCCUCACAUUGUCUGCUUUGAAAAUGGCUACUCAAAUCCUCCGAAAAGGGGGUACUUUUGUUACGAAGGUCUUCCGUUCUAACGAUUAUUCUUGCCUUAUUCGUGUUUUCGAAAAACUUUUCAAACGUGUUCAUGUUUGGAAGCCAGCAGCGUCUCGAUUAGAAUCUGCCGAGAUUUUCGUUGUGUGCGAGAAUUAUCUGAAGCCUGACAAGGUUGGAGCAGAGUAUCUUGACCCGAAGAAAGUAUUUGCCACUCCAGAUGGUUUCGAAGGAACCAAGCCAAAUCCACAGAAUUUGCUAAUUGGAAAACAGAAAAAAGCAAAGGCGGAAGGAUAUGAUGUCGAUACUUUAGCACUUUAUUCUACAGUUACUGCAACCGAAUUUAUCAAUUCAUCGCAUUACUUGGAUAUGCUUGGCUCUGCGAAUGUGAUUCAGCUUGAUGAUGAUCGGUGGAAAAAUCAUGAGAAAACUACCGAGGAGGUGCGAGAAUGUAUGGCUGAUGUUAAAGUUUGUGGCCCUCGGGAACUGCGUGUUCUCCUUCGGUGGCGAAAAGCUAUGUUAGAAAUGAUUGCGGAAGAAAAGAAGGCCAACGAAUGGGAAAGUGAAACUGUUGAAAUUGAAGAGGAUCUCACUCUGGAAGAAGUCGAAGAUAAGGCUCUGGCUGAAAUUGAUGAAAUGAUUGCCAAAGCAGGAGAAGAGGAAAUUGCGGCUUUAAAAAAGAAAAAAAAGAAGAUGCUCAAAGCAAAAGCUCGUUAUUUGAAGCGCCGUGAAUUGAAAAUGAUUAUCGAAGGAGAUCAAGGUCCGCAAGCUGAAGAUUCUGAAAUCUUCGCAUUGAAAAAGAUUCGCCGUGCUCGGGAAUUAGCGCUGAUCACCAAAGAAGGAACUCAGGCACCUGACACGACUUUCGAGGAAGAGGAGGAAGAAGGUCUUGGAGAAGGAGAGUGGGAGACGAUUGAAGCAGAAGAUCGACGCGAGGAUUCUGAUGAGGAGGAGAAUGAAUUGCUUGUGAACGACAUGUCGGGAAUGACCAAGAAAGAGAAGAAGACAAGUAGAGCAGAUCAAUGGUUUGAAAAAGAAGAAAUCGCUGGAUUGCUUUCUGAUGAAGACGACGACGAUGAGAUGAAUGCUGUUGAAAAGCACAUGAAAAAAUCUGAAAAGAAGAAAUAUGAAAACACUGUAUCGUUCGAUGAUGACGCGGAUAAGAAGAAGAAGAAGAAGAAUGAUGCUGAUGAUGGUUUUGAUCGUAAUGAUGAUGUAGAUCUAUCCAGUGGAACAGAGAGUGAUGAGGAAUUAGAUGAUGUUGCGAAAGAAAGACUUAGCCGAUUCGAUGCUCAAAUUGAUGUUGAUGAUGAUGAAGAAGAAAGAUAUAUAGAUGGAAGCAAUCGAGCUGCAAAGAGAAAAGCUGAAAAAGUUAUAAUUGGUGAAGAUUUGAAGCCAGUUGCCAAAAAACGACGGUUAACUCCUGAACAGCUUGCAAUGGGAGAAGCUUUAAUUUAUUCUAGCAAAUCUGCUAGAGAAUUAGAAGAAAUGGGCUGGAAUAGAUAUGCUAAUAAUGAUGAUGAACUACCGGAUUGGUUUGUUGAGGAUGAAAAGAAGCACUACAGAAAACAGAUUCCCGUAACAAAGGAGCAGGUUGCGCUGUAUCGGGAACGAAUGCGCGAAUUCAACGCAAGGCCGUCUAAGAAGGUCGCUGAAGCGAAGGCUAGAAAGCAGAAAAAAAUGAAAAAGAAGCUUGAGCUAGCCAAGAAGAAGGCUGAAGGAAUUUUGGAGAAUGAAAUGAUGGAUCACAACGAAAAAGUGCGAGAAAUGAAAAAGGUUUACUCGGCUGCUCAUCGCAAGGAACGUAAGAAGACUGAAAUCGUCGUGAUGACCAAAGGAAAGAAGGGGGCCAUGAACCGACCUGGUGGAAGAUAUAAGCUUGUCGACAGCCGCAUGAAAAAGGACUUACGUGCGAUGAAGAAAAAGGAAAAGACAAAGGGACGAGGCAAAAAGGGCGGAAAAGGACGGCGAUAA